UGGCCCUGGCUCCCUAUGGCAUGGAGCCUAGCCUGCCAGGGACCCUGGGCCAGGCAGGGCAGGAGGAGGGUGGGCAGCUUGGGCCUGGGGCCUCUGACUCCCACUUGCUGUCUCUCCUCAGGCCUGUCCCUGGCGCAGCUGCUGGCCAUGCCUGCUGUCUGCCUCCUCCCGCUGUUCUUCCUUGCUGUGGGGGGGGGCCUGGGCAGCAGCAGGCCCUUCCGUGCCUUUGUGGUGACAGACACUACACUCACCCACCUGGCUGUGCACCGAGUGACUGGGGAGGUGUUUGUGGGUGCAGUUAAUCGAGUCUUCAAGCUGGCUCCCAACCUGACUGAGCUGCGGGCCCAUGUCACGGGACCUGUUGAGGACAACGCUCGCUGCUAUCCACCCCCCAGCAUGCGUGUAUGCGCCCACCACCUGGUGCCUGUAGACAACGUGAAUAAGCUGCUGCUCAUAGACUACGCUGCUCGUCGCCUCGUGGCCUGUGGCAGCAUCUGGCAGGGCAUCUGCCAGUUCCUGCGCCUAGAUGACCUCUUUAAGUUGGGGGAACCCCACCACCGCAAGGAGCACUACCUUUCAGGGGCGCAGGAGCCUGACUCUAUGGCUGGUGUCAUUGUAGAGCAGGGUCAGGGGCCCAGCAAGCUGUUUGUGGGUACUGCUGUAGAUGGCAAGUCGGAGUACUUUCCUACCUUGAGCUCCCGCAAGCUCAUCGGUGACGAGGACGGUGCGGACAUGUUCAGCCUGGUGUACCAGGAUGAGUUUGUUUCCUCUCAGAUCAAGAUCCCUUCAGACACACUGUCCUUGUACCCUGCCUUUGACAUCUACUAUAUAUACGGCUUUGUCAGUGCCUCCUUCGUGUACUUCCUGACUCUACAGCUGGACACCCAGCAGACACUGCUGGACACAGCAGGAGAAAAAUUUUUCACAUCCAAGAUUGUGCGCAUGUGUGCAGGAGACUCAGAGUUUUACUCAUAUGUAGAGUUUCCCAUCGGCUGCUCCUGGCGAGGCAUAGAGUACCGCUUGGUGCAGAGUGCCCACUUGGCCAAGCCUGGCCUGCUGCUGGCUCAGGCCCUGGGUGUGCCAGCUGACGAAGAUGUCCUUUUCACCAUCUUCUCUCAAGGCCAGAAGAACCGGGCCAGCCCUCCUCGGCAGACCAUCCUCUGCCUGUUCACCCUCAGCAACAUCAAUGCCCACAUCCGGCGCCGUAUCCAGUCGUGCUAUCGUGGGGAGGGCACACUGUCCCUGCCCUGGCUGCUGAACAAGGAGCUACCAUGCAUCAACACUCCCAUGCAGAUCAAUGGAAACUUCUGUGGGUUGGUGUUGAAUCAACCAUUGGGUGGCCUACAUGUGAUUGAGGGGCUACCCUUGCUGGCUGAUAGCACUGACGGCAUGGCCAGUGUGGCUGCCUACACCUACCAUCAGCACUCUGUGGUCUUCAUUGGCACACGCAGUGGGAAUCUGAAGAAGGUGCGGGUUGAUGGCUCUCAGGAUGCCCACCUGUAUGAGACGGUCCCUGUGGUGGAUAGCAGCCCCAUACUCCGAGACCUGCUCUUUAGCCCUGACCACCAGCACAUCUACCUCCUGAGUGAGAAGCAGGUGAGCCAGCUCCCGGUGGAGACCUGUGAGCAGUAUCUGAGCUGUGCAGCCUGCUUGGGCUCAGGGGACCCACACUGUGGUUGGUGUGUGCUGCAGCACAGGUGCUGCCGAGAAGGGGCCUGUCCAGGUGCCUCUGCCCCACGUGGCUUUGCAGAAGAGCUGAGCAAGUGUGUACAGGUGCGAGUCCGACCCAACAACGUGUCGGUGACAUCACCUGGGGUGCAGCUGACCGUAGCCAUGCACAACGUGCCAGACCUCAGUGCGGGUGUGAGCUGCGCCUUUGAGGAGGUGACAGAGAACGAGGCUGUCCUGCUGCCUUCUGGCGAGCUGCGCUGCCCCUCACCCUCCCUCCAGGAGCUCCAGGCUCUUACCAGGGGGCAUGGGGCCAACCGCACUGUACGGCUGCAGCUACUCUCCAAGGAGACUGGUGUGAGGUUUGCUGGAGCUGACUUUGUCUUCUACAACUGCAGUGCCCUCCAGUCGUGCAUGUCCUGCGUUGGCAGCCCUUAUCCCUGCCACUGGUGUAAGUACCGCCACGUGUGUACCAGCCACCCCCACGAGUGCUCCUUCCAGGAGGGCAGGGUCCACAGCCCUGAGGGCUGCCCUGAGAUUCUGCCUCGAGGAGACCUCCUGAUUCCCGUGGGUGUCAUGCAACCUCUCACCCUGCGGGCUAAGAACUUGCCACAGCCUCAGUCGGGCCAGAAGAAUUAUGAGUGCGUGGUCCGGGUGCAGGGGCGGCAGCAGCGGGUACCUGCUGUGCGCUUCAACAGCAGCAGUGUGCAGUGCCAGAAUGCCUCGUACUCCUAUGAAGGUGAUGAGUUUGGUGAUACUGAGCUGGACUUCUCUGUGGUCUGGGAUGGAGAUUUCCCCAUUGAUAAGCCUCCCAGCUUCCGAGCCCUCCUGUACAAGUGCUGGGCUCAGCGGCCCAGCUGUGGCCUCUGCCUCAAGGCCGAUCCCCGCUUCAACUGCGGCUGGUGCAUCUCAGAGCACAGGUGCCAGCUGCGGGCCCACUGCCCAUCCCCCAAGAGCAACUGGAUGCACCCAAGCCAGAAGGGCGCCCGGUGCAGCCAUCCCCGCAUCACCCAGAUCCAUCCGCUCAUGGGGCCCAAGGAAGGAGGCACCCGGGUCACCAUUGUGGGUGAGAACCUGGGACUGGCCUCUCGAGAGGUGGGCCUGCGAGUGGCUGGUGUACGUUGCAACUCCAUCCCCACUGAGUAUGUUAGCGCUGAGAGGAUCGUAUGUGAGAUGGAGGAGUCGCUCGUGCCCAGCCCACUGCCAGGGCCUGCUGAGCUCUGUGUAGGUGAUUGUUCUGCUGACUUCCGUACACAGUCUCAGCAGCUCUACAGCUUUGUGACCCCAGCGUUUGACCGUGUGAGUCCCACUCGGGGCCCAGCUUCAGGGGGCACCCGGCUUACCAUCUCUGGCAGCUCUCUGGAUGCUGGCAGUAGAGUUACUGUGACUGUGAGAGAUGGAGAGUGCCAGUUUGUGAGAAGAGAUGCUGAAGCGAUCGUGUGCAUCUCGCCUGUCUCCACCCUGGGUCCCAGCCAGGCACCUAUCACCCUUGCCAUUGACCAUGCCAACAUUUCCAGUCCUGGAGUCAUCUACACCUACACUCAAGACCCCACCGUCACUCACCUUGAGCCCACCUGGAGCAUCAUCAAUGGAAGCACGGCCAUUACUGUGAGUGGGACUCACCUACUGACUGUCCAGGAGCCACGGGUUCGGGCCAAAUACCGUGGUAUUGAGACCACCAAUACGUGCCAGGUGAUCAAUGACACCGCAAUGCUGUGUAAGGCCCCUGGCAUCUUCCCUGGGCGGCCUCAGCCACGGGCCCAAGGUGAACACCCUGACGAGUUUGGCUUCCUGCUGGACCACGUGCAGACAGCCCGCUCCCUCAACCGUUCCUCCUUUACGUACUACCCUGACCCCAGCUUUGAGCCACUGGGGCCCUCUGGUGUGCUGGACGUCAAACCUGGCUCCCAUGUUGUGCUGAAGGGCAAGAACCUGAUCCCUGCAGCAGCUGGCAACUCCCGCCUUAACUACACAGUGCUGAUUGGAGGCCAGCCGUGUGCACUCACUGUCUCAGACACACAACUCCUGUGCGACUCACCCGGUCAGACUGGCCGGCAGCCUGUCAUGGUGCUGGUGGGCGGCCUGGAGUUCUGGUUGGGCACACUGCACAUCACGGCCGAGCGGGCACUAACCCUGCCGGCCAUGGUGGGGCUAGCCUCAGGGGGAGGGCUCUUGCUGCUGGCCAUCACCGCUGUGCUGGUCGCCUACAAGCGCAAGACUCAGGACGCUGACCGCACGCUCAAGCGGCUCCAGCUGCAGAUGGACAACCUGGAGUCCCGCGUGGCCCUGGAGUGCAAGGAAGCUUUUGCAGAGCUGCAGACAGACAUUAACGAGCUGACGAACCACAUGGAUGGUGUUCAGAUCCCUUUCCUGGACUACCGGACCUACGCCGUGCGCGUUCUCUUCCCUGGCAUUGAGGCCCACCCAGUGCUCAAGGAGCCGGAUACUCCCCCCAAUGUUGAGAAGGCUCUGCGCCUUUUUGGGCAGUUGCUACACAGCCGUGCCUUUGUGCUUACCUUCAUCCACACACUGGAGGCCCAGAGCAGCUUCUCCAUGCGUGACCGCGGCACCGUGGCUUCCCUGACCAUGGUGGCCCUGCAGAGCCGGCUCGACUAUGCCACUGGGCUUCUCAAACAGCUGCUGGCAGACCUUAUAGAGAAAAACCUAGAGAGCAAGAAUCACCCAAAGUUACUAUUGCGCAGGACAGAAUCAGUGGCUGAGAAGAUGCUUACCAACUGGUUCACAUUUCUGCUGCAUAAGUUUUUGAAGGAGUGUGCGGGGGAGCCACUUUUCCUGCUGUACUGCGCCAUCAAGCAACAGAUGGAGAAGGGCCCAAUUGAUGCCAUCACGGGCGAGGCCCGCUACUCUCUGAGUGAGGACAAGCUUAUCCGGCAGCAGAUCGACUACAAGACACUAACCCUGCACUGCGUGUGCCCAGAGAGUGAGGGUGGCACUCAGGUCCCAGUGAAGGUUCUCAACUGUGACAGUAUCACCCAGGCCAAGGACAAGCUGCUGGAUACUGUGUACAAAGGCAUCCCGUACUCCCAGCGCCCCAAAGCUGAAGACAUGGACUUAGAAUGGCGCCAGGGCCGUAUGGCUCGUAUCAUCCUCCAGGAUGAGGAUGUCACUACCAAGAUCGAGUGUGACUGGAAGAGGGUCAACUCCCUGGCCCACUACCAGGUGACAGAUGGUUCCUUAGUAGCACUGGUGCCCAAACAAGUGUCUGCUUAUAACAUGGUCAACUCCUUCACCUUCACCCGCUCCCUCAGCCGCUAUGAGAGCUUGCUCCGUACUGCCAGCAGCCCUGAUAGCCUUCGCUCACGGGCACCCAUGAUCACGCCUGACCAGGAGACGGGCACCAAACUGUGGCACCUGGUGAAGAACCAUGACCAUGCUGACCACCGAGAGGGGGACCGUGGCAGUAAGAUGGUCUCAGAGAUCUACCUGACACGGCUGCUGGCCACCAAGGGCACACUGCAGAAGUUUGUGGAUGACCUCUUUGAAACUGUGUUCAGCACAGCCCACCGGGGCUCAGCCCUCCCCUUGGCCAUCAAGUACAUGUUCGACUUCCUGGAUGAGCAAGCUGACCAGCACCAGAUCAGUGACCCUGAUGUGCGCCACACCUGGAAGAGUAACUGCCUGCCUCUGCGCUUCUGGGUGAAUGUGAUCAAGAACCCGCAGUUCGUGUUUGACAUCCACAAGAACAGUAUCACGGACGCCUGCCUGUCGGUGGUGGCCCAGACCUUCAUGGACUCCUGCUCUACAUCUGAGCACCGCCUGGGCAAGGACUCACCUUCCAACAAGCUGCUCUAUGCCAAGGACAUCCCCAACUACAAGAGCUGGGUGGAGAGGUACUACAGAGACAUUGCAAAGAUGGCAUCCAUCAGUGACCAGGACAUGGAUGCCUAUCUGGUGGAGCAGUCCCGCCUUCAUGCCAAUGACUUCAGUGUCCUGAGUGCACUCAGCGAGCUCUACUUCUAUGUCACCAAGUACCGUCAGGAGAUCCUCACUGCCCUGGACCGAGAUGCCUCUUGUCGGAAACACAAGUUGCGUCAGAAGCUGGAGCAGAUCGUUAGCCUGGUGUCCAGCAACAGCUGAGGGUGGUGCAAUCGGUGAGGAGGGGGCUGCUUGGUCCUCAUGGUCCUCCCAUCAAGGGGAGUGGCCGGCAGCUACAGCCUGGGUCCCUGGGGCUGAGCCCAAGAUCAAG